CGUGAUUAGGUACGGAUUAUCAUUUACAAUAAACACUGGCGAUACGGGCUCAUGCUCCGUCCAUACAGUAUUCGAACAGCAGUGUUGAAGUUUGUGCCGGCAACACCAGGUCUGUCCACAGGGAUGGUGUUUUUACAACUGACCAAAGCAGGAUAAUAAUCACGCGGGAUGGUGGGGCAGCUGACCAAAACAGGAUAAAAAUCACUCGGGAAUAUCGUGAUUAUCUCGAGAGAAAACUACCACAGGAUGGAUGAAACCUUCCAGUGUCGGUCCCCAGUGGCGAGUACCACCCCCUCCCUUCCUAGCAUACCCCGACCUACAUCACUCAACUUUAAGUCAGAACGUAGCUUUGGAAGUGGUAAACACUCCAACGGCGGUAGCAUGAAACUGCCGAACAGUGCUAAAAUGAGAAAAAAGCUAACAAACGCCAGGGAACAGAGUUUUCGUAGCAACUCGAAGAACAGUGACAGAAACAGUCCGUGUUCUGAGUUAUCAAAAACAUCAGCAGAAAUUCGACGGACGGCGUGGAUGAACGGAAAUGUUUUAGACGAUGGUGUGUAUGAAGAGAAAAGAGAACGACUUUUAAGAACAUCUAAAUUGAAAAAAGAUCUGGAAGUAUAUUUCAAUGUUGAAACGCCAAGUCGAUUAGCAAAACGGACUUGGGUGGAGAGUGAUGACGAGGAAUAUGAUACAGAUCUCGAUACUGACUUGGGUAAAGAGCUGGUAAUUGACGAGAGGACGAAGCAAAUUAAGGAAGACGGCGAGUUCCCGGAGUACAAAAACCUUUGCCGGAAGUAUAAAACGGUACCUAACAGCUACUUCAUACGUCACUCAGUGGAGGAUGAGCUGACCAUGCGGUACCGCUACCUCAGUCCGAAGGAUUGCCGGGCCAUUGGCUGGGAGAUGGAGAAACACUUGACGUUUAAGAAAUUAGACUUGUCAGACAACGGGUUGGGUCCAAAACAGAUGAUAGCCCUAGCUGAAAUGCUGCUCAAGAAUAAAUACGUCAGUGAAGUGAAUCUCUCCAAUAACCCUAUGGGUGGUUUUGGCUCACAUAUCGUAAAGAUCAUUUUACUCAAUAACUCGCAUAUUGCCAAAGUUGACCUGACAGGUAAUAGUUUCGGUAUACAAGGAGGCGAAAAUUUUGCUGAAGUGAUAGAGACAAAUGUGUACCUUAAGGAAAUUCGACUGGGCAGUAACAAAAUCGAAGAUGCUGGUGCUUUAGCAAUAGGACGCGCUCUAGAGACCAACGUCACACUGGAGUACUUGGAUCUCAGCUGGAAUAAGAUUGGGAAACAAGGCGCGGCUAAGAUAGCUGCUGCUAUAAAGGUCAACACCACACUUAAGACGUUAAUUCUAUCUAUGAAUGGUUUGGGUAAUAGCGGGUGUCAGGUCAUGAUGGAUGGUUUGCGUGGAAACGAGGUGCUGACUGCCCUUGAUCUGAGUGCCAAUCGAAUCACGGAUGAUGCAGUGGAAUUUAUAUGUAGAGUCCUGCCCUACCAUCGGUCUAUCGCCUCACUCAAGUUAUCUCACAACCAACUUUCUGCUGAAGGAGCUUUCAGGAUACUCAAACCUUUGACUUCAAAGUUCAAGAAAAAACUCAGCUACCUAGAAUUGGAUGGAACAGAUGUGAACUCUGACCUCAUGGAUAUUAUUGAAAAUUUGAACGCAAGGCGGGGAUUGGUUAUAUCUAUCAAGCGUCCUCCAUCUCGGAGAUCAAGAACCUUGGAUCAGUUGACCCGGGUAUUGUCAGCAAUAAGUAGAUUUUUGAUAAAAGAGGGAUUGGACAUUAAAACAGUGUUCCCGGAUCUGGAGAAGGAGAGAGAAGAGAGCUAUAGCACAUAUGACAUUAUAGAAGUAAUACGGAACUGUGGGGAGGAAUUCAAUAGAACACAGGUUACAGAGCUGAGAAAAAUCUGCAAAGAGCUACGUCACAGGACGUUACUAUUGAAGGAGUUUGAGCAGGUAUACGAUCUGGUUCUGACUGGAAGGGAUCCUACGGCAGAAGAGCCGUUGCGAACACCAUUUGCGGGAAAGCGUCGCGGAGGUCAAUUGGUCAGUUUGCCUCGCCGUGACCCUAACGAACCCGGGAAACUUACUCUCAGCAGCGUGGCCCCAGGGGUUCGCUUUCAGUGAAGUCUAUAGUUCCCUAUCUCAGGGGAUGACGUAUGACCAAUAAGGCGAAAUGGAACAUCCAACUUUGUCACGCCAGUUACACUUGCGGAAUCAAAUGUUGAAAUAACCAAACUAACGUCUUUUUCGUCACGAUUUACAUACUAUGUAUGCUUAUAUCAUACUGAAUGGCAAUAAAGUUAUAGUCGUGUU